AUGGGAGAAAAGACUGAGAUGGCAUCAUGGAACGGUCUCCCCGUUGAGCUCAAAGGUCUAAUCCUCGGGCAUCUGGCCUCUGGUGCCGUCACAGAGAGGCGCUCAAAAAUAUGGAAGGCCAAGGGCAAACGUCAUGACAUGGGCAGCUACGCUGUGGUGUGUCGACAGUGGCAGGGGUUCAUCGAGAAGGUCAACUUCAGCAAUCUCGAGAUCAGCACCAGCAAGGACCUCGCCAGCUUCGACGAGAUUUUCCAGGGCCCCAGUCGCCGCUCCUACCUGCGCCGCGUCUCACUCCGCGUCGAGCUGCCGCGCUACGCCAACAAGCUCGCCAAGAUACCCGAGACUGACGUCGAACAGAACGACAACGAAAUCGCCUUCACUCAGGGCAUCUGGAACUUCUUCGACAUUCUAAGCAAAUGGACGACUUCGGGCGCGGGCAUCGAGCUGGAGCUGAGCGCUGCCUCGCCCAGUGACAAGAACAAGUACUUUGGUGAAAUGGGCCUGGACCAGGAUGGCAAUUCACGCUUUUUCGAUCACGAUCUCGACUUUUGCUUCAUCACCGCCGGAUGCGACCAGGUCGGACGGCACGGCUUGCCCGAGGUCUCGGUCGUUAGCAGUUGCCAGGUCUUGCGUCGCAACCAUCGGAACUUCUCCUCUCGGGCGCUCCUCACCAUUUUUUCGAGUCUGCCCCAGCUUCACGAAGUCCGCUUCGAGCCUUGGCAUCAAGUCGACAUGGAGGCCCAGUUGGAAGUCGACUCAGAUCACGCCCGGACUCUCCCCUUCUGGCCGUCUCACAUCAAGCGGAUCAGCCUUUUUGAACACUUCGACGCAUUUGCCGAUGGUGGCGAGGGCGAGUGGGAGGAUGCCGACUCUGGCGAUGAAAGUGAAGCAGAAGAAAACGCCGAUGCUGUUGCCGCUCCUGGUCCCACCAUGGACGACGAAGAAGACGGAGGCGUCCCGAGGACCUCAUGCCCCAGCUUGGGCCACAAUCUGGGUUAUCUCAGUCUCCAAGCCGAGGAAAUGGCCGUCUCCAACGUGUCCGAUGUAAGCGACUUCUUCGAGGGCUUUAUUUCGCGCAGAAGCGCGCCACCCGUGUGGAAGCACCUCCGCCGGCUUGUGGUGACAUCAAACAUGAUGAUUGACGGUGUUGACGCUGAGCUCAUCAAUAACGUCCUUCGCAUGGUGGCCAAUGUCGCGAAACACAUGCCGGCUUUGCAGGUCAUGGAGAUAUACAAGACUGACCAGUUUGGAGGCGCCGUCUUCCGCUACAGCGUUGAGACACUCUCAACAAAGGCCAGCUGGGAGAGCACUUGGGAUUUCCGUGUGGACAAGGACGUGAAAGCUGCAUGGACAGAAGUUGCCAAGAAGAACACCCCUCACAGCCUGGAGUUCCUUCCCGAGAUACGCUUGGGCGACUAUCAAGGACCGUAUGUCUUCUUCGAUCAGAACCUUGUGACGAAAGACCUUGUCCUCCAUCCGAGUUCGCUGGAGGACAUGCUGUCCAAGAAGUUAGACAAGUGCAAAGCAUGCCAUGGGUUCUGCGCGCAUCCUAAGAACUCGGAACAGGUUUGGGGCUCGCUCGGAGUUGAUGGAUAA